GACACUGGUAGUUCUAUGUCCGCCACCGUGCCAGACAUGGCCACAUCAGCUGGAUACAACGAUGAAACUGCCUGUUUUAUUCUGAACGGGGAAUUGCAUUCACUGACUUCAGUGCCAGUGGAGACCUCCCUCAACACAUACAUCAGACAGUAUGCCAGACUGAAGGGUACCAAGUUCAUGUGUCGAGAGGGAGGUUGUGGUGUCUGCGUCGUGUCCCUGCACUACAUACAUCCCGCCACUGGUGAGGAGAUGACAGUGUCAGUCAAUUCGUGUAUGUUCCCGGUUUACGCCUGUCACGGCAUGGAAGUAACCACAGUGGAAGGAAUCGGCAGCAGACAGAAAGGAUACAAUGAGAUUCAGACCAGACUGGCUCACUUCUAUGGCACUCAGUGUGGCUACUGCACACCGGGAUGGGUCAUGAGUAUGUACAGCUUUCUGCAAUCAAAUCCAACGGCUACCAUGAACGAAAUUGAAGAUUCCUUCUCAGGAAACCUAUGUCGAUGUACAGGCUACAGACCGAUUUUAGACGCUUUUAAAUCAUUUGCUUCAGACAAAACUCAAGAAUUGGAACAAAAGGUCUUGGACAUUGAGGAUCUCUUGAAAACUCAUAAAAAAAAGUUUGUCCAACGUCAAGAAUCGGAAAAAGCCAGGCUGUGUAAGCCUGUAAACAUCUCUCAAAGAAAGAAAGGAACAAAACAGAACUCUUUGAUAACCUCAGAGAAAAAAAGCCAACCAAAGUUAAAAAUAAUGAACCCAUCAGGACGAGGGCUAUGGUACAAAGUGGUGGAAGUAGAAGAAAUAUUUGAGAUCUUUGAUAUGUUGAAUGGCAGAGAGUAUAUGCUGGUGGGGGGAAACACUGCACAGGGGAUAAUGAAAGACCAGCCAUCUCCUGAUGUAUUUAUCGAUGUCAGUUCCGUGGCUUUUCUAAAAGCUCAUUCAUUUUAUUCUGGUUCCUGGUAUGUUGGGGCAAACACUACCCUAUCAGAUGCCAUUACUUUCUUCAUAUCAGUUGCAAAUGAAAAUCCAAAAUAUUUCUCUUACUUUCAACAAGUUGCAUGCCAUAUUGAAAAAGUGGCUAACACACCAGUGAGAAAUGUGGGUACUCUGGCUGGAAACUUGUCCAUCAAACACCAAUGGAGAACUUUCCAAUCAGACAUCUUCUUGAUCCUUGAAACUGUUGGUGCAUUGCUCAGCGUCAGGGGAGAGCGGGGGACCAUCAGUGUGAUAUCAAUGCCUGAAUACCUAGAGACCAACAUGUACAAGAAAGUCAUCUUGCAGAUCAUUUUCCCAUCACUCGACAAUACCUUUUACAUCUACAAAUCAUACAAGAUCGCCCCACGAGCCCAGAAUGCAUUAGCUUUAACAAAUGCAGGAUUUUUGUUCAAAAUCGGCAAAAAGAACAGGCAUUUAGUUCUUGGGAAGCCACGUGUUAUUUUUGGAAACAUUAGUGCUCAAUUUAUUCACGCUGCUCAGCUAGAGGAUUAUCUGGCAGGUCGGAGCUUGUUGGAGCCAGCAACUCUACGAGGAGCUCUGGAUAUCUUGGAGAGAGAGGUUCAUCCUGACCUAGGACCUACCGAGCCUCAUCCAGAGUACCGUAGGAAGCUCACUCAGGCCUGUUUUUAUAGGUUUGUGCUAAGUGUCACGCCUGAUGCGGUGUCGCCUCAUUGUCGCAGUGGUGGGGAGGAUAUAUCUCGACCACUGUCCUCAGGCCAGCAAGAGUUUGACACUGACAGUUCCAGACCACCUCUUUACCAACCUUUCCCUAAGUUGGACUCUCUUCUGCAGUGUUCUGGUGAAGCAGAAUAUGUGUUUGAUAUUCCAACCACAGGAGAUGAGGUUUACGCAGCACUAGUCAUCACUAAGCUGGGACCUGCAGACUUACUGGGCCUGGAUGCAAACGAAGCUCUUAAAAUACCGGGUGUAUUAGCUUUCUACUCAGCAAAGGAUAUUCCUGGAGAAAAUACAUUCACACCAAUAGACCCAUUCAUUCCAGAAACAGAACAGCUGUUUACAUCCAAGAGGAGCUUGUAUGCUGGACAACCGGUGGGAGUGAUAGUAGCUAAGACCCAAGAACUAGCGGACCAUGCUGCAGAAAGAGUACAUAUUUUGUAUGGAGGAAUACAAAAGCCACUUCUAGAUGUGAGGGACGUUGUUAGAAAUAAAAUUACUUCUAGAAUCACCCAAACAUAUGAGGGGAAAGCAACAAAGAGGAAAGAUGAUAUCAAGAAGGUGGUGAAAGGAGAUUUUAAGCUGGAGACUCAGUACCACUUCACCAUGGAGACUAUGUCAUGUGUGGUAGUGCCGGUGGAAGGGGAACUUGAUGUUUAUUGCACGUCACAGUGGCUUGCGAAAGUCCAGGAGACUAUUGCCUUGGUACUCAACAUGCCUGAGAAUAAGAUCAAUGUGAAGUUACGUAGAGUGGGGGGAGGGUACGGUCAAAAGUUGACUCGCAGCAAUAUUGUAGCAGGCGCGUGUGGACUUGCAGCUCACCUUUUGCAGCGACCUGUACGGAUAGUGACCAAGCUGGAGACUGUCAUGGAGGCAAUUGGCAAACGCUGGCCUUGCUGGUUCAACUACCAGGUAGGUGUAAAUGAUGAAGGAGAGAUUCAGUAUGCAACAACAAACGUGUACAAUGAUGCAGGGUCUUCAUCAAAUGACUCUGUCUCUGAGUUUGUGUCUCCUGCCAUCGGCAGUGUGUAUGACUCAUCCACCUGGACCACUAUGCUGUACAAUGUCAAGACAGACAAGUCUACAACUGCGUGGACCCGAGGCCCAGGUACCCUGGAAGCAGUGACAAUUGCUGAGACAAUCAUGGAACAUGUAGCUCAUGAGAUUGGGAGAGAUCCACUGGAUGUUCGAAUAGCCAACAUUGACAACAAAUAUCCCGUACUGAAUUUGAUCUCUCAACUAAAGGAAAAAUCAGACUAUGAAUCACGGAAGAAGGGUGUUCAGGACUUCAAUAAAAACAAUUUGUGGAAGAAGAGGGGGAUAACGUUGAUGCCGAUGAGGUUCCCUAUGGAAACCCUGGGUAACUACCAUGCGAUGGUGUCUGUGUACAGGAAUGAUGGUUCAGUAGCAAUCACUCAUGGAGGAGUGGAGAUAGGACAAGGCAUUGACACCAAGGCUGCCCAGGUUUGUGCUUCAGCGUUGGGAAUACCUCUGGACUGUGUUGUAGUGAAGCCAACCAACACCCUGAUCUGCCCCAACAACCAAGUGACCGGCGGCAGCUUCACCACAGAGAGUGUCUGCUAUGCGGUAGAGCAGUGCUGUAUUGAACUCAUGAAGAGAUUGGAGCCGGUUCGAGCUAAACUAACAAAUCCAACAUGGCAAGAUACAAUAAAAUCAGCAUACGAAGCUGGCGUCAAUCUUAAUGUUUCCAAAAUGUUUUCACCAACAACAGACCUAAAGAGUUACCAAAUAUUCGGUGCUUGUGUUUUGGAAGUUGAACUUGAUAUUCUAACUGGAGAGCAUAAGUGUGUGCGGGCUGAUAUUUUAGAGGAUGCAGGAAAAAGUUUGAACCAAUACAUAGACAUUGGCCAGAUAGAAGGAGCUUUCAUGAUGGGUCUAGGCUACUGUACAUCGGAAGAAGUGAAGUACGACCAUGUAACUGGACGAGUGUUGACCAAUAGAACUCUGACUUAUAAGAUUCCUGGGGCAAAGGACAUUCCUGUGGAUUUAAGGGUGUACAUUUUGAAAAACGGAGACAACCCACUCGGAAUUCUCAGAUCAAAAACUGUAGGCGAGCCUCCCAUUUGUCUGGCCAUCUCUGUCAUGUUUGCUCUUAGAGCUGCAUUGCGGUCAGCUCACCAAGACCUAGGGCUGCCAGACGUGUGGCUUAACAUAGAUGCACCCUUCACCGCAGAGCAUCUGGUCAUGAGCAGUGGAAUAAAUGCAAAGAAUUUUAGUUUGUAGUCAUUUAGUUUGAGUAAAGUGGCUUACAUGAAUAACAGGUUACAUGUUACACAUAUUUUAAACAAAGUAGUAAUCAAGAGAUAUUAAAAAAAAACUUAAUACAAGACAGUAAAAUAUUUAAUGAAACCAAUGCACUCAAUUUAACU